UACACUUCAAUCUUCACUUUUAUUGCAUUGUAAUUUUUAUGAAUGGUAAUAAUUAUUGGAUUAAAUCGAAAUGUAUGCAACGUAACCGAUCAGCCGUAAUAAUAAGUUAAUCAAGCACAAAAAUUGGAUCAACAAAACAAACUCAUUUGUACAUCUAUUUUUCUAUCUUCUCCAAGAAAUAAAAAUAAAACACAAAAUCUCAAAUCAUGUCAAAUACAUUGGAAGAAAAAUUUGAGAAAAUGGAUCCACAAGAAACAAUAUUAAAAUCAUCAUUUAAAAUGGAUAAAAAAAUUACAAAAAUUGAUGAACAACUAUCAGGAGUGAAUCAUGAUUUGAAUAAUGUACUUAAUAAAAAUAAUCCAUCAGACCUUAGUGACAUAAGUGAUAUAUUAAAAUAUGAAACAGCAUCGAUAACUAACGAGAGUUGUGCUGGUACAAGUGGAUUUAAUGGUGGCGCCACAAGUAGUGGCGGUGGAAGAUUUAUCGAUAGUAAUAGUAGUAAUAAUGGACCAGUAUCACGUAAACAAUUACGUUUUCCAGAUGAUUAUGAUGAUUACGAAGAUGAUGAUUCGAUUAAUAAUUUUGCUACAGAUGGUGUGCAUAAAACAUUAUCGAUGACAAAUCGUUAUGAUCCUGAUGAGGCAUCAACAGAUACGCUGCAUCAGCAACGUUCAUCGAUAUGCAAUAUAUCGAUACAUUCACAGGCUAUGGGUGGUAGCGCUGGUAUUGAUAUUCCUAGUACAGCAUCUGAAUCAGGUACAAAAGGAUCGAAGGCUUUUACAAAUAAUACAACAUCGAUAUCAUCAUCGACUAUAUCAUCAUCGGAUCAAAAUAAUCGACAACAAUGUUCAUUAGCUGCAGCUGGUACAAGUGAAAGAAACGAUUACAAUUUUUUGGUUAAAAGUAUAUCACAAAUAGAAAAUUUCUCAACAAUAGCAAAUCAUAACAAUAACAAGAGAACAGAGCCAUUAAAUCAUAGUGCCUCACAACCAGAUAACUUAUCAACAUAUUUCAUAAAUGAUAACAAUAAUAAUAAUAAUACUACGGUAUCCUCAUUACAUUCAACAAUGGAAGCCAUAUUAAAUGUACAUCGUACACAACAAUACUAUACAACUAAUUCAGAUUUGGAACCGUUUAAUAACAAUCAAAAAUCAAUAUUAACAAUACAUCCACAAUAUCGUUUAUUAGUAAGUGAUACAAAUUCACCAGCAAUCAUUGAAUCAACAAUAUAUGGUAACAAUGGACAUCCAGAACAAUUAAUAACACAACAAUUAAAUAAUGAGUAUCCAAUCUUGUCAAGACAUUCAUCAACAGAAACCAUACAAAGUAAAUUAUCUGCAAUGCAAUUAAAUGAAUACACAGUGAUGGGAACAUUAUCCUCAAAUGUCUCCCAACAACAGACGAAUAAAGAAGAAAAAUUAAAUGGCAAGGAAUCAAAUUGUAUGUUUACAAUGAAAUCUUAAUAUGUUUCUUAAUAAUUUUUUUG